AUGACAGAGUCUAGGCCUCCGAGGGGUGCAUUGCAGGGCUCAGACAAGAAGUCUCUUCCCUCAAAACAUCACUACACACCGUGCAGGCUCAACAACAGGCCCUCUCCUUACACUAUGCAGCUCUUGAUGAUCGGUCCAGGUGAAAAAAAAUUAAAAUCAGUGGAACAUCUGCUGACAUCACACAGGGUGAGCGCCAUCACUAUGUGAGGCGCCUGGUGGCUUCCAUAUUACCACUAAGCCAAGCCAAGCCAAGCCAAAAAGUUGUUUGCAGUGUUUCAUUGGGUUACCUGAGUGAUGGGCAUUACAUAGUUACAUAACUAAAAAGAGAUGUGUCCAUCAAGUUCAGCCUUUCUCACAUCUGUUUUUUUUUUGUUUAUCCAAAAGGAGGCAAAAAAAACCAAAAAACUUUGAAGUGCUUCCAAUAUCUUGCAAAAAACUAGGAAGAAAAUCCUUCUUAACACCAGAAUCAGGGCUAUCUUUAAUAAUGAUUGGACCCUGGACAAGCAUUUGCUUGGGCCCCCCCGGAUCACACCCUCCUCCUCAAUCCAGUGGCGGAACUAAUGUAGAGCAUGUCCUGGUGCAAGAAAUCUUUUGGGCACCAUUUAGCAUAAGAGGAGAAAAGAAAGAUCCCCAUCUCACGUGCAACUCCCACGUUGCUAUGCCAGCUGGGGAUCUAGCAAUUAAUGCAGGGUUGUAUUUGUGAGCAGUGUUUGUGCAUUUGAAUGUAAGCAUUUUUUUUUAUAUAGAGUAUGUAUGUGCAUGUAGAGGUGUACUUCUAUGUACUGUUACCAUUGGAAUGCAUUGGUGUACUUGCGUGUAAUGUUUGCGAUUUAAAUGCAGAGGUGUGUGUUUGUAUGUUGUGUUUGAUUUUAAAUACAGGUGUGCUUUUGUGUGUAGAGUUGGGUGUUUGUAUAUAAUUUUAUCAUUUUAAUACAGCGGUGUAUUUGUAUGUAACGUUUAUAAUUGCAUGCUGGGAUGUGUUUGAAUGUAGUGUUGUCUUUUAAAUGUAUAUGUACAUUUGUGUGUAGUAUUGAUGUUUGAGCAUAGGGGUGUGUUUGCAUGCUAUCUUUGAUUGCUGGGAUGUAUGCACAUACAUACUAACACAUAUAUACAUAUACACAUUAACAUGCAAAUUCACACACUCAAAAACACGGACACAUACUCAACCUUGACACAUACACACUUGCAUAUAAACACACACUAGGACACACACUCUAAUACAGAUAUACACACACUUUGAUAUGCACACUGAUGCACACACACAGACAUACACACACUGGCACAUCCACACACAUACACAGAUAUGUGCAAACAUACACAGAGGUACACAUGCAGGGGUGUAUUUGUGUACAGUACUAGCGUUUGAAUGUAGGAGUGUAUUUGUAUGCAGUGUUGGCAUUGGGAUGCUGGGAUGUAUGCCUUGCCACACAUGCACAGAUGCACACUUUACACACACUGAAAAAUACAGACAAACACACACUCAGAAACACACAUGCAGGUACACAGACACGCAUGUACACAUACACAGGUGCACAUAAACACUGACACACACACAGUCAGAGACACACACUGAAACAGCCAGAUACACACACUGACACAAACACAUCCAGAUAUACACACACACACACACACACUACCAGAUAUACACACACACACACUACCAGAUACACACACAUAUAAAUAUCAAUUUACAUAUUUUAAUCUCUGCCCUCUAGCAGCACCUGGACAGCAACUCCCAGCAACCUUGGCCAAUAAAAUGUCUCAGUUCUGUUCUUACCCUGGCAGAGAAUUUGGCAAAAGUGACAUCUGGAAAUAGUGUGCAGCCUUUGACAACAUUUUCUGCAAUAAUAUAAGUUAAAAAAAAUUCAGAAAAAUAUAAUUUUUUAUUUAUAUUUAAUAAUACUGUAACUUUCUAGGAUUUUUGACAUGUAGUUAUCCCCAAUAUAUAACAGAUGUAUGUUUGUAAUGUCUGAUUAAUAAAAGUUAAAAUUAGAAUUAAAAUUAAAAAAAAGUUCACAUAUUUUAGCCACCCUCACCUUUUGAGUACAGAAGGGUGGCUUCCCUGGGGCCAGUGGGAGCUUGCUGGCUAAGCUGAUGGGAGUCUGCGGCACCUCACUUCCUCCCAGCAUGCCGUGGGGGAACAAACAGAAUAAUAGAACAGUGUGUUUGGGAGGCUGCAUGAUUAGUAUGUAGGGGACUGUGUAAGGGUGCUAGCUGUGUGUAUGUAAGGGCCCGGUCCAGAGCAAUAUGAAAGGGUCGAGGGCUCCUGAUUUCCCAGUAUCCUGGUGGGCUAACAGGUGUUCUAUCAGCAGGGGGCCAUUUGUGCAUCCUCCUCAGUGUGGUGUGUGCCUCCUCCAGUGUGUGCAGCAGGAGUAACUGAGCCCUGGGGAGCUGCCCCGUUUGCCCCACGUUAAAGACUGCCCUGAUCAAAAUGGCAGGCAGAUAUCUCCUUGGAUCAAGAAGCUGUUAACCCACAUAUAAUAAGUAUUUAUCCAACCAUCUGAAUUUCACACCCUGAUUGUUCUUACUUUAAAAGACACUUGCCUUUGCUGUAGACUAAAUCUCAUUUCUUACAGUCUAAAUGUGUGACCUCGUAAAGACAAAAGGGAAAUGGGGGCACACCCGGAACAUGCAUUUUGCAUAAAUGGUGCUGCCAUAGUUACCAAAAUGUAUACCUAAUACAGAUUAAGAAACAGUACACACAAAAAAUGUGUGACCUAUGUGUAGUCCUAUUUAUGAAUAGAUUUUCCAGACAAUGGUUUGUAUCGGCCCCGAAUAUACAUGCUACCAUAUGCCCUCUGAGGUGCCGUUUAUCUGUGACUCCAUAUGCAAAAAUCGUAACCAAUUUUAAAUCAAAAAGUCUUGUAGUUUGUAGAAUAUAGAACUUUUUACUGCCUAUUUGGCAAUGGUUAUACCCUUUUGUUAAAAUGAAUUAAAAUUUGCAAUUGAUAAAUGUAAUUUCUCUUUUUCCUCCCCCCCCCAGGUCAUAUUAAAAGAAAAAGUAAAAGAACUUAACCUGUACGAGGUCAGUAUUAAAAGCUUUCUUGAGCUCCACUUCCAGAGCAGGCGGUUAUAUUAUGAACAAGAAUUAUCUGCUUCCCAGCUGCUCUUUGGAGCUACCAUCUGGGUUCUAUUGUUCUUAGUGUCACAAAGAACAAUUUACUUGAAUUAUUAUUUUGCAUAAGAUUCUUUUAUAUACUGUAUCUUAAAAAAAAUUCUAGUUAACUGAUUUAUCGCCAGUUAGCAUCCUGAUUUACUAUAUUCCAACUUUUAAAAAAAAAAUGUUUUUGGAGAGAGGGGGUAGGAGGAUGGAAGCAAAGUAACACAAAAGGUGAAACUAACAAACUUGCUUAUCUUUGCUAUAAAGUAAAAAAGUAACGGGUUAUGGCCAGAGUGCUUGUGCCAUUGGUGUUAACUAAGUGGCAUCAAAGUUCCAUAUGUUCAGGAAAAAAGCCCUUUAACACUACAUAUUCCAAAUUUUUUAUCUCAUUUAAAAAAUAUAUAUUUAUAUAUUUUUUUUUUUGUUUCUUGAGGUCUGGUGCACCUUAAAUUUAGAUAUCUAGUGCAUACGGUACAUUACAGUGAAUGAAUUUCCUCCACUUGGUAUACAAUUUGCAUUAUCCGUUGCACAGCAUGUGCGAAAACGUAGAAAUGUUCCGUAGUUUGAUAAUCAAUUUUAUACCUUUUGUUCAGUUGUUCGACCCGGAGUAGCUUGUGCAUUAGGCUUGGAAUGUUAGCAGGACCGCUAUUUCACACAGCACUUUCUCGUUCUUUUUACCCGUGCUCGCAGUUUGUUGUCUGUAUUCAAGGUACUACAGCGUCUGUGAGAAAAUCAAUGGACUGCUAUGGAGAGCCUUUUAAAAAAAAAAAAAAAAAUUAUAUAUAUAUAUAUAUAUAUAUCGUUCUUAAUGUCACAAAGAACAAUUAACUUGAAUUAUUAUUUUGCAUAAGUUUCUUUUAUAUACUGUAUCUUAAAAAAAAAUUCUAGUUAACCGAUUUAUCGCCAGUUACCAUCCUGAUUUACUAUAUUCCAACCUUUUUGGAAUACACACAUACGGAAUGCACACAUAUGUUAAAGAUGGAUGCUUUAAACACGUACAGUUUUAGAACAAAGAAAUGCUUGGUACACAACUAGUUCUGACAUGGGACACUUUUCUAUCUCCUAGAUGUGUGCAGUUUGUUUAGAGGAAUUUAAACCAAAGGACGAAUUGGGGAUUUGUCCGUGCAAACAUGCCUUUCAUAGAAAGUAAGUGUUUCCUUUUUAAUUUUUGUCUAACAUCAAAAGUUAAUCUAUACCAAAGUAAAUGUGUAACAGAGACAGACUUAUGUCUAUACAGAAGUACAAAAAUGUUUGAGCCAGGACAUUAAAUGCUGCUCUGCUGCACUAAAAAAGUGAAAACAACUGUUGCGUUUUUACAACACAGUGAUUGUUUAAAUCUUUCAUACUUUAAAGAAAUAUUAUUGGGUCAGGAACACAAACAUGUAUUCAUGUCACUAUAGUGUUAAAAACCACCAUCUAUCCCCCCUGGCCUUCCCUUGCCCACCUAACUAAAGUAAAAUCUUACUUUUGUUCAAGUCUGCAGCUGCUGGCUCUGCCCCGAUCUGCCUGCUUGGCUGACAUCAUCAGAAGUGUUGUUCUGAGCAAAUCACAAUGUUUUCCAUAGGAUUGGCAAAGGCUGUCAAUGAGGCAGAUCAGGGACAGAGCCAACACAAACCAAACACAGUCCAAUCAGCAUCUUCUCAUAGAGCUUUAUUGAACCAAUGCAUUGCUAUAAGGACAGUUUAGAGUGGAGACACUAAAUGGCAGUCACACUGUGCAGCACUGCCACAGGAAGCAGCUCUAGUAGCCAUCUGAGGAGUGGCCAGUGGAGGUAUCCCUAGGCUGUAAUGUAAACACUGCAGUUUCUCUGAAAAAACUGUGUUUACUGCAAAAAGCAUGAAUGUAAUGAUUCUACUCACCUGAACAAAUACAAUUAGCUGUAGUUUUUCUGGUGACUAUAGUGUCCCUUUAAUGCUUGUUUCUAAUAUAAUGUAUCCACUAGAAUUUUAACCUUUUUAAUAUCAUAAGGGCCAGUUCUCUAAAUUGUUCCUCAGACUAAUUUCUUGCUUCAAUUGUAUCAUUUAAUAAUGUCUCCUUUGUUUAUACUUAACCCCCACCGUGUCUAACAGAUCUGAAACGAGUACAGUGUUUUUUUAUUAUUAUUUUCUAUUGCUAAAAUACUAUGCCAAAAUAACCGUAGUCUUAACAUUUGAUGUUGAAACAUGGAUAAUAUGUAGGAUGGUACAGCUAUCAGACUCAAGCUUGGAAUACGUAAUAGCUAGACGUGUGCAUUUUUUUUCAGAAAAACUGAACAAUCAACAAAAAUGUCUUUAUUUGUUUACUCCAAAAACGAAUAAUGACUGAAAUAUUAACAAAAGUCUGAACGAACGAAUAGGCCGUUUGCUUAUUCCUUAAACAACUGCUGCUCUGAGUGAAUGAAUAUCCCCCAUUAAUUUCAUCCAGAUUUAUGACUGUUUGAUAUUCGUUAAAUUUUUUAAAUCUAAUUUCCAAGAAUUGAAUUUUAGAUGAACUGAAAAUCGAAAAUUUUUGAAGUGAAAACUAAUCCGAAACAGUUUUUUUUGCCCAUGAACAUCUCUAGUAAUGAAAAAGGAAAAUAGCUCAAGGCAAGCAGGGUUCAAUUCAGAUACUGAGAGAUACUUGGGAUAAGACAACCAGAAAGCUACCAGACUGAGCCACCGAGGAAUGAGAUGGGGCAAGUCUUGUAGUCUGCUAGGAAGAGAGAACAAGUGUUAAGAUAGUAUAAAAAAAGCCGUCAAUCCUAGCUCUAUAAUUUCAACAAACAAAAAAUAGUAAAAUCAGGAACGGGGCAGAUUCAAGAAUUUCAUUGAAAUCACCUUAAAUGCUCCCUUCAAAUUAAAGGUUAACAUAGCCAAACUGGAAAAUUCUUUCAGUUCUUAAAUUUGAAAUUCACCUUUAGUGAAUAACCCUGUAAAUGGGAAGCUUAACAGGGAUGAUGUGUACAGAAAUAUACAAAUAAACAUAUAAUCAUAAAUCGUGCUUUCCAAAUCAUAUUCAACAUGUUAAGUAUAAGUUGUAAAGAAUGUUGGAGUUUGUACUGUCCUCUCCUUUGUACUCUCCUUCUUAAUCUAUUUUACUGUCUCUAAAUUCAACCCUGUCCUCCCGUUCCAGGUGCCUCAUUAAAUGGUUGGAGGUGAGAAAAGUUUGCCCGCUUUGCAACAUGCCCGUCCUCCAGCUAGCUCAACUGCACAGCAACCAGGAGCAUCGACCUCCACAAGGACCUCUGCCUGGGGCAGAAAACAUUGUAUAG